AUUUUUAGGCACAACUGAGUAACAUUGCACUUCCUCUUUACUUGUUCUAUUUUAGCUCACAGUGUGAAUAAGAUUUGGGAUUUUUUUCUCUUACUAUUAAUGGCUACUGAAGUAGAAAGAUCUCCUGCGCUGUCGCUUGCUGAAAUGGUGCGUUCUUUAAACUUGACCGGCCAUGUUGGCUUUGACAGUUUGCCUGAUCAACUUGUAAACAAAUCAGUUUCCCAAGGAUUCUGUUUCAAUAUAUUAUGUGUUGGUGAAACUGGUAUUGGAAAAUCUACAAUGAUGGACACUUUAUUCAAUACAAACUUUGAUUCCACACCAAGUACCCAUGAUCUGCCUGGAGUUAAGCUCAAAGCCCAUACAUAUGAAUUACGAGAAAAGAAUGUUCUUUUAAAGCUGACAUUGGUGGAUUCUGUUGGGUUUGGGGAUCAAAUUAACAAAGAUGAUAGCUGGAAGCCAAUUGUUGAUUACAUCGAUGCCCAGUUUGACGCUUACCUUCAUGAGGAGCUGAAAAUAAAGCGUAUGCUCCACACCUACCAUGACACCCGUGUCCAUGCUUGCCUUUACUUUAUCGCACCAACUGGACAUUCUUUGAAAGCCCUUGACCUUGUGACCAUGAAGAAGCUUGACACAAAAGUAAACAUUAUUCCUGUCAUUGCCAAGGCAGACACCAUCACCAAAACAGAGCUUACUAAAUUCAAGACCAAGCUUAUGUCCGAACUUGUCUCCAAUGGAGUUCAUAUAUACCAGUUCCCUACUGAUGACGAGACAGUAGCAGACAACAAUGCUGCUAUGAAUCAACAUCUACCUUUUGCUGUGGUUGGUAGCAAUGAUGAAGUCAAAAUUGGCAACAAGAUGGUCAAAGCACGUCAGUAUCCAUGGGGUACUGUACAGGUUGAAAAUGAAAAUCACUGUGACUUUGUCAAGCUGAGAGAGAUGUUAAUUAGAACUAACAUGGAGGACCUAAGGGAAGUCACCCAUUCAAAACACUAUGAGCUCUAUAGGCAGCAUAAGCUGGAAGAGAUGGGAUUCUCUGACUCUGAAUCCAAAAGUUUGUCUGAGACUUACGAGCAAAAGAGACAAGAGCACAUAACAAUGCUACAGAAGAAAGAGGAUGAGAUGAGGCAGAUGUUUGUCAUUAGGGUCAAAGAAAAAGAAGCUGAACUAAAGGAAGCAGAGAAGGAGCUUCACAAUCGUUUUGAUGCACUUAAAAGGCAGCACACUGAAGAAAAACGCAAGCUUGAAGACAGCAAAAAGAAGCUGGAAGAUGAGAUGAAUGUGUUUUCUCAGCAGAAAGCUCAAGUGCAAGCUCACACAUCCACCAUGGGCAAGAAGAAGAAGUAAACAUGUCCCGCUAUUAGACACAUUUCUAUUGGCUGCUCUUAAUCUUCAUUAACAAGCAUCAAGAAGAUAAUGCCUGAUUGUUGAUACAACUUGUCUUUUUAAACAUUAACUGUACUUAUUUGAAGAUAUUUCAUCUCAUUUAAAUUUACUUAUUUAUUUAAAUUUUUUGUAAGAAUUUCACAAAAUUUGUUAUCAUCAUAACACACUUGAAAGUACAGAAUGCAUUACAAAAUCUUUUGCAAAAAAUAACCUUUUAAAAAGGACAAAUCUGCACUUGAAUGAUUGUAAUAGAAAUUGGUCUUGUUUUAAAAGUGCUUUUUUUUAAAUUUUCAAAACACAUUUAAAUGCUGUAUGGGCUUAAAACAUUUUACGUAUGUAUAUUGUACAUUGUGUGACAUCAUUAACUAUGUACUUUUUCAUUUAAUAAUUUUUGUUUGAUUAUAAUUCACUGACAUUUAAGGUAAGUUUUUACAAUUUUGUGUUCCCUGACUCAAUAGCUCCCUUGUUAUUUACUGAUUAUUAAGAAAGUUUACAACAUUUUUUUGUUUUGUACAAUUUGGCAUCUGCCCUAUUAGCCUUAAAGUUUGAGAGGGCAUUAUUACUAGUCGGAAGAAUAACCAACACUGUCUUGUUCCUAAACAUAGCAAGAGCAGUGUGUAAAGCUGAAAACAAAAUUAUUUGCUAUUAUCCUAAAAUGUAUGUUUAUCGUGUAGUGCAAUAAAUUUUGGAGAGUUGUUAGAACUUGUCUGCUAAGUUUUCUUGUGGGUUUCCUAAACCACUUUUUCGCAACAAGAAUCUUGGCAAGAAUAUAAUUUUCAUAUAUUUCAUUGUAAAAUAUCCCAUUUAUCUAAUAAUUUUUAAAUCUUUUAUUUCAAAAACUACUUACAAAUUUCAAAAAUUGACCAAAAUAGAAAUUGAUUCCAAAUAAUUUGAUUUUUUUUUCUUGCCACCAAAAAGUGCUUCCAUUUAUUGAUAUUCCAGCACAUGGCCUUAUUGUGCCAUAUGUUGUUGGCGAUUUUAUUUUAAGGAUUGAAACUGACUUUGGUAAAGUAUUUAUUUUAUGAUUUUAGAGCACCAGUUAAUUUUAUUAUUUUAGCUGUCUGUUUACUGCAUGAAGUUUAUGUAGUCCGAUGUGUCUGUUGUGUAUUAGUUGCUUAGCCUCUGCCAUCAUUUUGAUUUUUUUUUCAUAAAGCAUAUGCUAAUUCACUAUGCAUUGCAAAAAUUCUUUUUUUUUUGUUUAAAUUAUUUAGCAGUUUAAAGACUUCUGGUAUAUUAACCUAAGAAUUUUAUUUAUUUGGCAUUUGCUCAUACACUGCAUAGUAUCAUUCUCAUCUGAUGAAGUUCAUAAAUUUUGUAACUGCAUGUGUUCAUAAUAAAUAUUUUUUACUCACUUCACAA